AUGGCCUCGCCCUACAUCUCCCAGCAGGGUCUCUCAGCCCUAAUGUGGAUCGGAAUCAUCCUAUCCAUAAUCUUCGUCGCCAUCCGCACGCACGUCCAGUACCGCUACAGCGGCCGCUUCUUCAUCAACGACUACUGGAUCUUCUUCGCCAUCGUCUGCCACCUCGCCACUGCAAUCGUCUACCAGAUCGCCAUCCCGCCCAUGUACGAGGUCCAGGGCUUUAACUACCAGACGCAGACCAUGGACGCCGCGUUCAUGGACCGCGCCUCGCUCUUCCUCCGUCUGCAGUUCGCCGUCGACUUCCUGCUCUGGACGACCCUGUGGACGGUCAAGUUCUCGCUGCUCUCGUUCUUCUGGCGCCUGUUUGACUCGGUGCGCUCGCCGAUGAAGAUCUUUUGGUGGACGAUGUGUGCUGUUACCGCUUCAACGUGGGUGACCCUCGUGGUGCUGCAGAACUUUGCCUGUGAUCCCAUUCGGAAUUUCUUUACCCUAGGGAAGUGCAGCUCCGCGCGAGACGUCUACUACUCCAACCUCGUCUUCAAGUUCACCGUCGGCACUGAUAUCGCUGGCGACAUCCUGAUAAUGAUAAUCCCAUUCCCCCUCCUACGCACGCUCCAAAUCCCACCCCGGAAGAAAUACGUCCUGGCAGCAAUCUUUUCCCUCCCCUUGAUUCCAAUCAUAUUCGCCGUUCUGCGUCUGGUCAUCGCAAACCCAGACAGCGGUAACGUCGACCCCAUCAAGUUCCAGCUGUACAGCAUGCUCGAGAACUCGUCCGCAAUCGUCACCUCAUGUCUGCCCUCGCUGCGUCUGUUCGUUGCCAAGCAGGGUUCUGGCCUUGGAUCGCUCUCUUAUCGGUAUCGGUCGAGGUCUAAAUAUAAUAAGAAUCGGUAUCCGGGGUAUAACCUGGGAGGGGAGUAUGUGGGUGGUGGGCAGGGGGAUUUCUUUGGGAAUAGUGGCGUGCAUGGACAUGGGGAUGGACAUGGGGAUGGUGGUGUCGGUGCUAGGAGGAGUCGGAGUCGCUGUGAGUCGACGGUGGAGGUGUUUGGGAUGGAGACGAUGGGGAGCAAUACACUAAUAGAUGAAGAUGCAGGCACGGAUAAUUCUAGCGAGAGUCGGAGAGGGAUUGUUGGGGGGAGCAGGGGCGUCCUUGUUACCAGGGGAUUUUCGGUGCAGUGA